AUGCUCGCAGGCCUCAAGGAAGCUAUCCGCGACCCCAAAGUUUGGGUGUUCGUUUAUAUGCAACACCUGCACAUUGCUACCAAUGGGUUCAAGAACUUCAUGCCAACGAUCGUUAACACACUCGGCUUCUCUCAGGAAGUCACACUCGUAUUGACAUGUCCACCUUACUUGAUUGCGGGCGCAUUCUCCGUCGCAUGGGCCAUAUCAUCUGGCCAUUUCAACGAACGCACCUGGCACAUCACGAUUGCCAAAGGCGUGGCUGUCUUUGGCUUCGUGCUCGGCUGCGCGACUAUGAACGUGGGCGCGAGGUACUUUGCCAUGUGCGUCUUUACCAUCGGCACGUAUGGCGUCAACAGCAUUAUCCUUGGAUGGGUGUCCUCAACCUGUGGACAAACGAGGGAGAAGAAAUCUGCGGCGCUGGCUAUUGCCAACGUCGCAGCUACACUCAGCUUGAUCUGGACUCCCUACAUCUGGCCAGAGUGGUCUGAGCCGCGGUUCGUCUUCCCCUUGGCUAUGAGUGCUGGUAUGGCACUCAUGUGUGCGGCUGGCGCAUGGUUCAUGCGCUGGUGUACCUUCAAAGUCAUUGCAAUUGGAUCAUCACAAGACGAGCGCGCAAACAAGAAGAUGCUGUCACAUGUUGCUCUUGUUCUGGAAAAGAGCUGGAUGUCGGUUAAAUGA